AUGAGUCAACAUCAACAACUUCCGGAUAGUGAUGGUCUCCAGGUAGACACACAUGCUGAGCAGGCUGCCAAAGCUCCCGAGGUAGCAGGAUAUAGCCAAAAUGGUCAAUAUUACGUCCCCGCCGGAUAUGAAGCUCCAGCUCCAAAGGGACAGAGACCACCUUUUGGUCUAGGACUAUGGGCAUUUGCUGGACUUGUCGCUCUAUUGACGGCCAUCAUCGUCGGUGCUGGAGUGGGCGGAGGACUGGGCGCAGCUUUGGCGAACAAAUCUGAUUGUUCAGCGGAUACCUCGGCAGAUUCCGAAUCUGCAUCUGCUCCCUCCGCAACGGCAGAACCCACAUCGUGUCCGACAUUUGACAACAGCACAUCCGAUAACGACACGAUCCCCUACGUUCCCAAGUCGCCCUCUAAAGUAGCAAACCUGGAAUUGGAUUGCCCCGAAAAGAUGAACGACGAGACAAGAUACAAGUCCAACAAGGGCUACGAGUUCAAGUGGUGGUGUGGCGUCAACGCGCCACAGGGCGACAGAGCAAAGGAAGGAGGCGUUGUCUUUGACUAUGUUACUCUCUUGGCUUACACUAUCGACGACUGCAUGGAAGCUUGUGGCAAUAUGAACCAAAAGGACGACGACAAUGACACUGGAGUUAGAUGUAGGAGUAUUGUCUUCUCAAAACGCAUGUCAGCAGAGAUGGACGGACAGAAUGGCAACUGUUGGCUGAAGAACGCGUCCAAAUCCGAGGGUGGCAACUGGGGUUUCAAGGACCCCAACUUUGCAUACGCGGAGCUGGACGAUUAG